AUGACACCCACCGAGGCAGUAGUAUCAACACAGGCUGCACAAUGAAGACUUCUCUGUAACAGCUCAACAAGUCCCAUCAUGUCAAGGACAAGUUUGUCAGGGUGUACAGGUAGACGCAACCUAGUUUCCUGACAGAGACGUGUGUGAGUGAGUGGGAUUCAAAUAUCCUGUAUUUGCGCAGCAGGACAGAUGGCAGUAUGCUCUUAAGCUUCACAACUUCCUAAGGAUUUAUUGUUGAUCAAAGGAGGAGAUACAAAAGGAUACAAAGACUUUUGGGGAUACAUAAAAAAGACAAAUUAAAUGAUUUAAGUCUCUCUUAAUCAGAUCUCCCACAAUGCCACUGAGAACAUCAUUAUACAGAAAGCAAUCCUCUGCUCGUUGGCCUGGCAGGAACUCCAAGCGCCGUGAGGUGCUGUCCGUCAACAUGAUUAGCCUACCCCUAGCUGAUUUCCGCCAUAUAACACAUAUUGGCAACAAUGCCCACACAGACAGCUUUGGGGACCUGUCCUUCCUAAAGAUGGGCCACAACUUGCUUCUACAAAGCUCCCAGAGCGAACAGAACCUCUUCAUGGCCUGCUCUCCUCCACCAAAGCCUCCUCGUCUCAACCUGGAUGAGACUGACGGUUCAGAGAGCCCUGACUGGUCUGCUGGUCACCACCACAGCUCCUACCAGAGGAGGAAGAAAUGCAGCUCUAUGCCGCUGCUGGACAGUAAUGAAGUGGAAGAAGAGUUAGAAAAGAUGGAUGGGGACCAAAGAGGGACUAAUGUUGCAUAUGGACCAGGUCGGGGUAGUGCAAGUUCAGAAAAGGAUGGAGACACCACUGAUAUCUGUGAGAAUACUACUGGUAAACAAAAGGACGAGGACAGUGGCUUUUCUUUCAGCCUCGACUUGGGCCCGUCAAUCCUGGAUGAAGUUUUGCAAGUGAUGGACAAGCAGAACAAUUAGACAACACUGUUUAACUACGUGAAUGGAAUAUAAAGAGGAGUUCCAACUCAAGUUGUUCACACCUCUGAAUUUAUGGACAAUGCAAUAUCCGAAAGAGAUGUUAUUUUUCACAAACACUUGGAGAUGUAUCUCUGAUUUCAUUAUACUGAAGAGUGAAAAAUAAGCUGUGGAGAGAACUGACAACAUAAAUGUUUCAAUGGACGUAAACUAACACACUGGAAACACAGGAGCUUUCAGCAUUUUAUUAAAACAUGUAAAUCUGUGGAUAAGAUCAUCACAGGAAACUUAAUAUUAUCUCCUUUCUGUCAAAGGAGCCAGAUAUGUGUGCAUCCGCUGUGGUCCACCGGGUUUGUUAAAAAGUAAGCAUCAUUCGGUUCAAAAAGUUAAACUAAAGAAAAGAAUAAGUUAAUGACACUUAGUUAAUAUUCUCCUUUUUUCACCUCUUGCAGAGUUAGACACAACAUUAAGUUAAUAAUUGAACCUUGUCAGAUGAAAAUAUCCAAUUCCAAGUUGGACAUUUUGACAUUCUUUUACUUCACCCCUUCCUUUUACUUUAUGUAAUCCCCUAAACCACACUGUACUGCACCGAAAACGGCUGUUAAGACUUAAGAGUGUUGUGUUUAAGAAAAGAAAAGCUGCGGCUACAAUCCAAGGUCCUCGAGCUGUGAUGUCUUGGCUCUUGGCGUGCUUGCCAAUCUAUUGUGUGCAGAGCGCAAUUUCUCCUCCGCACGCAUCCCAGAGGCCCCACUCAAAGGUAGACCAAGGUACCCCCAAUCUCUCAUUCCCAACAAUGCAGUGAAAACAAACACUUAGCUCUGCUUCCAAUAAAAAGCCAGGCAGUGGUGGCAGGUUGGGCUGCAGACAAAGCCAGGCCACAGGUCCAAGACCUCAGAAAAAAAAAAGCAGGGGGCAAACUGUUUUCUUAGCUGCAAAUCAGAGUCCGGUGCUCUGGUGAGUGGCACACGAGAAAGAAAGUGGUAAAGGGUAAUGUGAUACUUCCAUAUAUGCAGGGGGUGUCGAGGGAGGAGGACCAGAGACAUCCAUUACUGCAGCACAAGUCCUGAUUAGGGUUUAAACACUACCUUCUGACCAAACAGACCCCUGACACGCUUGCAUCUCACACACACUGACACACAAGUAAAGAGCAGUGCACAUGUAAACGUGUGCGAACGUGUGGUCAAGCUGGGAUUUGUGCAGACAGUCUAUGUCCAUUUUUCUCCCGUCUGGACAGAAGACAGUCUGUGUCUUGGUAGGAGGUUGCCAGGGAAGGCUGUGGGGCAAAUCCAGAACCAGUCAAAUUCCUAGGUGCCCAAUGGAUCCCGCCACAAAAUAUAUAUACGAACCACAGUUGUCCCGCUUCUAACAAUAGAUUCCAAAAUCUAUCUCUGUCCUAGCAGAGACAGCAAUGUCUGUGGGUACAUCUGCACUGUAUAUCUGUUUUGGCAUCUUCUAUUCUAUUUCGAAGUGGAUAUCAUUGCCGCUGGUUCUUGUAUAUGUUGUGACAAUAACACAUUGUGAAAUCUUUUUUUUUUUUUGCGUAGACAUUAUUUUCACUGUGUUGUAUUUUGGGGAAGUAAAGAAAAAUAUCUUUCAAAUUGCAAGAUUCGUGGUUUUGUGGAUUGAAGUGCUUGUG